CUAUUUUCAACAUGGCGACUCCCACCCCGUAGAAUUGUGUGUCUGAAGCUUUUACAAACACAUCAUAGUAGCAUCUAACUACGUUGUGAGGCUUUUGGCCAUCUAAGACUCACAAGUGCUAUUUUGAUACAUACUAUAACUUAUUUUUGUAUGACCUAUUUGGAGAUGUAUCGUCGCGGGACGGAAAAGAAGGACCCAAACAGCAAGCCGGCUAAGGAUGCUAGUGACAGUGAUAAAUACGCCGAUCUUUUGGUGUUCGGCUACGCCUGCAAAGUGUUCCGAGACGACGAAAGGGCUCUUUACCACGAACAUGGAAAGCAUCUUAUUCCAUGGAUGGGGGACAAGAGCAUCAUGAUCGAUAGAUAUGAUGGGCGUGGUCAUUUACAUGACCUUUCAGAGUAUGACAGUGGGUCGUGGAACACAUCCUACCAGCUGUCGGAGGAAGAGGCCAGAAUAGAGGCCCUCUGCGAUGAAGAAAGAUAUCUGGCCUUGCACACUGACCUGAUGGAAGAAGAGGCGAGACAAGAAGAGGAAUACAAGCGUCUGAGUGAGGCCCUGGCAGAUGAAGGCACCUAUAACGCAGUGGCCUUCAAGUACAGCGCGGACUACUACGACCCCUCCAAGCCGACCGAGGAGGAGGAUGCUAAAAAGGUCAAAGAAGAGCCUGAACCAGAAGAGAGUGAAGAACCAUUUGUUGCUCCUGAAGGACUCGAAAUUCCCCCCGAUGUGGAACUGCCGGCAACCAUCAAGACUCAUAACAUCAUGGAGCGGACAGCCAGCUUUGUAUGUCAGCAGGGUGCUCAGUUUGAGAUUGUGCUAAAAGCCAAGCAGGCUAGGAACUCCCAGUUUGAUUUUCUGCGUUUUGACCACUACCUGAACCCUUAUUACAAACACAUCCUAAAGGCCAUGAAGGAAGGUCGGUACAACUUAGCGUCUUCCAACAAACAAGAGCAGCCAGAAGAUUCUAAUUCUGAUGAUUCAGAUGAUGACGGAGACGGCAACUACCUUCAUCCCAGUCUGUUUGCACCUAAAAGGUGCUCUCGUCUGGAGGAACUGAUGAAGCCACUUCGAGUGAUGGACCCGGACCAUCCGCUUGCAGCGCUAGUUCGAAAAGCCAGGGCGGAAAGAAAUGGCUUGGCGGCAACACCAACCGUCCCUGAGGAAGCAUCAGAUCCUGCAGCGUCCAACACAACAGCCCAGUACACCGCUGAUCCAAAUGCAUCUGCCAUGUAUUAUGGCUACUACAUGCUUCCUGAUGGAACAUACUGCAUGGCCCCGCCUCCCCCAGGAGUUGAUGCCAGCUCCUACUAUAGCAGUGUAGCCUCUUCUGGGAUCACUCCCUCGUCUUCCUCGGUAGCUUUUCCUCAGUCAGCCAUGGCUGCCAUGGUACCGACAACUGCUGACCCUUCUCAAGUCCCCACCUCUGUUGCACCUGUCACCAUUGCAGGGAUGAGCAAUUACAGAGCUGAAGCUCAAGUCUCCACAGUGGCAGCACCACCAGCUAUUAUCCCCCCACCGCUGGACAUCCAGGCUGUCAUAGACAAGCUGGCGGAAUACGUUGUCAGGAACGGUCUUAAAUUUGAAUCCAGUGUCCGUGCCAAAAACGAUCCACGGUUUGACUUCCUGCAACCUUGGAAUCAGUACAACAGCUAUUAUGAGUAUAAGAAGAAUUACUUCAUGCAGAAAGAAGGAAAAAGCUUGACAGAGAUGAACAAGCUUCAGUGGGAUGAAUCUGGCAGUGAUUCCAAGAUAAGCAAAGCCUCUUUUGCCCCAAUCUGUUUUGCCAUCAAGGCAAAGGAGAAUGACCUAUUGCCCCUAGAGAAAAACAGAGUUAAGCUGGAUGACGACUCAGACGAGGACAAGUUGCUGGAAGGCGAGGGGCUGCAAGCCGCGGUUGCUGCUGCCGUUGCUGCUGCUGAAAUAGUCGUCAAGGAGCUACCUCAUGUUACUGUGGUAGAGGAGAAGAGACGGUGUCUCACUUUGGAAUUGCAGGAGGCCAAACAAGCCAAACAGAGACUGGAGGAUCGUCUGGCAGCUGCAGCCAGAGAAAAGCUGGCGCAGGCAUCCAAAGAGUCCAAGGAGAAACAGCUACAGGCUGAGAGGAAAAGGAAGGCAGCGCUAUUCCUCCAGACUCUCCGCAGCCCAUUAGCAGGGGAGCCAGAGGCCAAGAGAGCUGAACUAGACUUAUCUACACGGCUUGAGAUGCAAGAGGCCCUUUCUCUUCUGUCUGAUCUGCCUCCCUCGCAAAUGUCCUCUGUGACACCUGCAUAUCUUCAAGAUGAAAGAUCUCACAUAGAGAGCAGAAGAAGCCAUCGCAGCAGGGAGGCCCACUCGUCGUCGCACAACUCUACCUCCAGAAGCGCGGACAAAAAAGAUAGAUACCGAGACAGCGAUCGUGAGAGACGCAGAGACCGGGAGAGGGAGAAGGACAGGGAUAGGGAGAGAGAAAGGGAAAGAGACAAAAAGAAGAAAAAACACAAGAGAAGGUCGAGGUCAAGAUCUACAUCAAGACCAAAGAGCAGACACUCGCUUCCCAGUGCCUACAAGAGAUCACGCAGGUCCCGGUCUCGUUCAUAUUCCCCCGUUAGAAGAAGCAGGGAUGGUCCGUCAUCAGAAAGGAGACAAGUCAAAGAGCGCGAACCUCAUCAUCACAGUAGCCGCUCUAGUGUGCCAAGGGAGCUUUCCAAAUCCAGGUCCCCCUUUAGCAAAAGGCAGAGCUUGUUGUCUUCAAGAGCAAAGAAAAUUACAGGUGCCACUGUUUCACCUUACCCGUCACCCAAUAGAGCUUUGUCCCCAUCAUCAAGCCCCGCCUCCAGCCUGGCCCAGUCCAGGGGUGCUUCUCAGGAGAAAGAAGAGCCAGUAUCAUCCUCAAUAGUAUCAGCUGUUCAGUCAAAAAUAACUCAGGAUCUGAUGGCCAAAGUGCGAGCCAUGUUGGCCUCCUCCAAGACCUUCCAGCCUCCCACUUCCUGAAGGCAUCUUGACCGUCUACUAACCAGCAGCACUCUCCAAUGUCAUGGAGAUUUCUCCGACUGAGUUUGAAUUAUUUCUUUUAAUCAUUCAUCUUGUUCAAAAAUCUGUACAUUGGGAGGUACUAAAGACCAGAAUAAAAUAUCUAGUCUGACUGCCUUAAUUGAUGGAUCAUGUUGACUUUUUAUGUAUCAAAUGUUCUCUUUUGCUUCAACAACACUUGCCAACUUGUGUUGUUAGUCACAUAUCCACAGGCCUUGAUGCGCCUUCUGUGAAGGAUCUUUGAUCAGUUCUGUCACUCUCUACCUUUUUCCCUUCAAGCACCUCACUUUUCUAUGUGGGAUGUUUUCAUUUUGUACUUCUGUUAGCUUCAACGUGAAUGACCAUGAAUUUUUGUUUUCGAUCUGUUAAUAAAGUUCAAUGAAUGAUCUA